AUGGAGUUUUCCAUCACCAGUGAUUCGUGCCGUGUUUGCUUGCGUAAAGCAGGUGUGGAGUGCAAGUUGCUGACAGAGGCGUUGCACACGGAACGGCGUGUUACGCUGCGGGAAGUGUUUCAAAUGUGCACCGGCUUCGAUCAGGAACCGGAGAGACUAACCACGGUAGCAGCCACAUUUUACCCGCGGAAAAUCUGCAACAGCUGCGAACUAUUGCUGUUGGCCGCGUACGACUUCCGCAAGAAGAGCAACAAGUCGGAGAAGGUGUUGCAGAACAUUUUACACUUUUACGACGACGAAGAUGGUUCCAGUGUAGUUGAGGAGUUGGAGGAGGUUCGUGGUUGGCCGACGAGUCGUGUCGAAGGAGCAUGUGAGAAGCACGAGGAUAACGAAGAAAUCAUAGAGGAAAGAGACAGCAUGGUCACGGUCGACGACACGGGAUUGGAGUUGCUACAGGAGGCCGCAUUGCUGCUGACGGAAGAAUCAGGAACGACCCCCGGUGUGAUCAUGAAGGAAGGCGAAACUGCCAAAGCCAUGGUUUGCGCUGAUGGAACUAACUUGAAAGACCUUACGGAGCAAACUUGCAACGUUACGGAUCAUCCUGCGGCCAAUGGGCACGAAAACAGCGUGGACGAGUUGGUAAUCGAAGACGUUAUGGCCGAUUUGGUCGAUUACGUUGACGAAGAGGAUGAUGAUGAGUACGACGAAGGCGUUGAUCAAUGUGAGGAAGCUAAUAUAGAGAUACUGCUGGAGCUAAAGGCACAAAACCUGGCGCAAUGUCCGGACUGUGGAAAGAUCGUAUCACAGCACUUCCUGUUGAAGCAUCGCGAAACCCAUCUUGACGAAAGCGAACGCGAACGGCCGUUCGAGUGCGAUAUCUGCCGGAAGCAGUUUACGUUGCGCGAAAAUAUGCACAAACAUAAGCGCAUCCACCAAAACGAUCGGCGGUACGAGUGUCCGCUGUGCAAGGAGCGCUUCCUACACUGGGCAGCCCGACGGUACCACAUUGCGCGGGUACACACGAAGGAAAAGCGGUUCGCUUGCGAGUACUGUGGAGCAAAGUUUCGUCAAUCAUCGCACUACACCGUGCAUCUGCGGCGACACACCGGGAGUCGGCCGCACGGUUGCGAACUGUGCACUCGAGCCUUCCCGACGACCUAUGCGCUCAAGCUGCACAUGCUGUCGCACAGUGAUAAGAAAGAGUUUUCCUGCGACAUCUGCGACAAGCCUUACAAAACGGCCAAAUCGUUGCAGGUGCACCGCAAAACGCACACCAACCGAAAGGACUACGUGUGCGGCGUGUGUAGCAAAACGUUCACGCAAAACCAUGCCAUGCGCACGCACCACCGGAAGGCGCACCCUACGCAUCCGUUGCCCCGAUCCGGUACGAUAGUCAACGUGAAGGCGCUCGAGCGCAUGAGAAAGGAAAUGCGACCAGACGAAGGCGAAGCCAGGCAGGAAGAUAUCGGAAACGAUUUGUGA